GGUGAGGGGAGGGGGGGCGGUCUGGCCGUAGUCUCUCCUCCUGUGUCUGCGUGUAGAUGCACAGACGGUUCAGUAGUAAUUUGAUGUGUGUCCCUGGGGACAUUUGAUGGAUUAAAGCUAAGCAGCUCCAUUUCGAAGCACCACCUGAUCUCAGAGCUCGCGCCCCAUAUAAAGCCAAGCGUGAUUGCUGAUCUCAGCUAGUCUGACAGUCUCUCUCUCCUCUCUCUCUCUUUCCUCUUUCUCUUGUCUCUCUCUCUCUCUCUUUCUUCCUGUCCCUUUCGCCCGCUGCAUCACAGGAGCUAUCCAGUGCUGAACAAGAUUUUUCGAAAGACAACGGGAUCGUAGCACGCUGCAUUGGUGUCAUCCUUUUUCCGGUUAUUUUUUUGGGGAGGGGGGUUGCCUUUAAGUUGCAUAAGGAUUACCAUCAACCUGCUUUCUUGUUUUUUUUUUGGCCAGAGGUUCUUUUUUCAUGUGCGUCUUUAAGGCUUGUGUUUUAAUCUGCUGAAAAACAUGCCCCGUUCGUUUUUGGUGAAGAAAAUCAAGCUUGAUGAUUUCUCAUCGUCUGCCGUGGCCGCCUCCAAUCACCACCACCACCUGGACGACUCAUACACUUUUGCACGCUCCAUCACAGACUCUGUGACCAGCUUGGGUGUCCGACUAAGUGAAAAUGGCUACAUCCAGGACUACAUCACGCCGUCGGUGUACCAGGGCGAGAACAAGAUGGAGCUGAAGCUGGCGUCGGCCGUGUCGGAGCCGCUGUACUCUCAGGUGAGCGCCGGCGGGGGGGAGGAGGAGUACUGCGACCCCGACAUGGAGCACCCGGACAGCCCCCAGUCCGGCAUGACCGCCACGGGCUUCUUCAGCGGCGAGGCCGAGGCCCUGACGGAGGGCUACACCAUGGAUGCCUUCUUCAUCUCCGACGGGCGCUCGCGGCGGAAAGCCGAGGGCGGGGCCCGCGGGGGCGAGGCCAAGGGGCGCGGCACAGGCGGGGAGACGCCGGAGGCGGGCAGGGCCGGCGGCGGCACGGCGCGGCACACCUGCAACGAGUGCGGCAAGACCUACGCCACCUCCUCCAACCUCAGCCGGCACAAGCAGACCCACCGGAGCCUGGACAGCAAGAUGGCGCGCAAGUGCCCCACCUGCGACAAGGUGUACGUGUCCAUGCCGGCGCUGGCCAUGCACGUGCUCACGCACGACCUCAAGCACAAGUGCGGCGUGUGCAGCAAGGCCUUCAGCCGGCCCUGGCUGCUGCAGGGCCACAUGCGCUCGCACACGGGCGAGAAGCCCUUCGCCUGCGCCCACUGCGGCAAGGCCUUCGCCGACCGCUCCAACCUGCGCGCCCACAUGCAGACGCACUCCGCCUUCAAGCACUACCGCUGCAAGCGCUGCGACAAGACCUUCGCCCUCAAGUCCUACCUGAACAAGCACUACGAGUCGGCCUGCUUCAAGGGCUCCGCCGACGAGGACGACUCCGGCUCCGAGAACUAGCCCCAGCCCGGAGGGCGGGGGAGAAGGCCCGAGCCACGCCCCGCGCCCGUCUCUUCUUUGUUGGCCACGCCCCCUGGUCCCACCCUCACCCCCACUACCACUACCCCAAUCCCCAGCCCUCCACCACCUUUUAUCCUUCCCUUUUUUAGAAAAGCAAUAUUUUCACUGAGAUUACGUCCAGAGAAACAGUAAUAACGACAAAAAGACGAUGAUGAAAAACAAAAAAAGAUGCUGGAUUUUUUUUGGAACAAUUGCUACACAAAGACACAGACAGAUGCCCACACACACACACACACACACUUGCACAUGUGCACACACAAACAUACACACAAUUAUUUAUGAGGCCUGGCAUGUGAAUUUUUAUCAAUGACUAUAAUAUUAAUAACAAUAGUAAUAAUAUUUAGAUUCCUGAUAUUUUAUAGCAAAUAAUGGGAGGAAAAUGUGAAAAAAAAAAUACGAAAGGGACAGUGACAGUUUUUUUUCUUUUCUAGAAACAAAAAAAGACCUCUUGUAUUUUUAUGCUGCUUUUUUUUGCUAAGAAUUGAAUUCUUUUGCAACAGCCAACAAGAACUUUUUAUGAAAAUGUGAAAAAUGAACAGUAUUUGCAAAAAAGGCCACUUAAAGUUAAAAACUAAACCUUUUUUAAGCGUCACACUUAAAUGUUUAAUUCAAUUCAAUAAGUAUUAAUUUUUUCUAUUGUAGGUAUAAUUAAUUAUAUAAGUAUCAUUUAUGUGCCAAUCAUUCUCAAAUUGCUUUUCAGAAGCAGAAUUUCUUUGUAACUGUGGGUACUUGUGACUGUAUUUCAAGCUAUGAGUUGAUGAAAACAAGCAAUCAAGGCAGCAAGGCAAAGGCUAUUACACAUGUGAAAUAAGAAUUAAACUGCUUUAAAAAAAGUGCCCCAAAAGAAUAAUUAAAUAAUGAAUUCUACUUUGCGACGUAAAUGCGUAAGAGAUAAACGGUACAAUAACAACCAAACAAAAACAACCGCAGAUUUCGUCAAGAGCAAAGAAAAUAAUUUCAUUUUGACAAUGCGUUACACAUUUUGCUAUGCCUUUUCACACACUGCUGUACCCGAAAACUGAUGUAGCUCAAAUCAUUUCAGGGUCAGUUUCAAAGCAUAGACUUCCGAAAGCCUUAGCGUCUAAGUUCAGGCUUGUUCAAAGUUUCGACGAACGCCUGUUCACCUGGUGCUGCUGACGCAGAGAGACUUGUGCAGGAAACCAACGGCGCGAGUCAAAAACGUGUUUGCCGUAACUGGCACCCCGGAGCAAUAGCGGUAUACGCCAAACCAAAUACGUCAGCGUGUGUGACGCCACCGCCGUCGUCACGGUGACCCACGCUCUGUUCUUCCUUCGUCGCGGUGGCAAGCUUCAACUCCGCGCUCCUCGUGGCUCCCUGGGUCUACGCCACAGAGGACAAUAAACACGCCGAGUUCAUCAAUCGCACAUCCCCCCCCCUCCCCCCCCCCCCCACAAUUACCUCAAAGAGAAGAAGGUACAGACCUACAGACCCUCAGUUACAAAGGACCCUGACCUUUUUCAUGUUGCUGAAAGCGCUUCGCUACCGUGGAUGAAUGGCAUACUUUUAUGCAGCAAUUUAUUUAUUUAUUUAUUUAUUUAUUUAUUUAUUUAUUUAUUUAUUUAUUUAUUUAUUUAUACUUGCAUAUUUAUUUCUUUGUUUGUUUAUAUAUUUAUAUGUUUCAUAUUUAUUGACAUCAGAAUAAAAUGACCUUGUAUGAUGCUGCUGAUCCUCAAAGAAAUUGUUUAUAUGCAUGACAAACUGUAGAAAGUCCAUAGGACUUUGGUCUUAAAGAGGAACAAAGUACAACAUUUGAGCAUUUGGAACAAAUAAGGCAAAAUUGACGUUUGUUCUUAAAGCAUCUGCUUUGUGUAAUCCUGAUUUGUCCUGGUUUUCAGGAAUUAGUAGGCAAUAAAUUCAAAUGGACAUGAAAAACAAAGAAAUCCUCCAUCAUGUUGUUUCCAAAAUCUUACCAGUUCCCCAUUCCAGGUCAUUAGCAAAAAAAGUUCACCCCGCUAAUCUAUUUUUUCUCCAGAGUGCAACGAUAUCAUAUACAAUAACCAUCCGUGUUCCUUUUCAUAAAAAAGGAACCUUCUCCCUGGCUAAUACGUUCCUUUUUCUAGCUAAUACAGCAUCAUGAGCAACAGUGACACCUGACUGGCUAGUCGCCCCUUUAUCAUGACUUAUAGAUCUGCUCCAAAGUGUCUUAAGACAAUAGUACGGACAUGGACAGGUUUAGAAGCCAUGGAAAUAGAGUAAAAGCACACAAUCAACCAGGGAAUGAAUGUAACUAUAGUUAUAUAACAAUGCCUUAGUGCAUUAGUGUUAUUGACCACGUCCUUCCAGAAUAUUCUUACAGCAGAUCCUGCAGUUAAGUCCCUGGUGCUCACUUAAAACAUGCUCAGGGAGGUUUUUUUUUGAUGACAGGCAGUACGAGGGCAGGGAACCGCAAUCAAAAAGUUGCUGGGGUAACAACAGGCGUUGCGGAAUUCUGAUGCAUGCGGCUUUAUCAGGCAGUGAAAAAUUGUGACAGAACACAGGUUAAAAAAAUGAAUAGGGGGGAUAAAAAACAUGUCAAAAUUUGAAGGCAUCCAGGUAGGAUUCAUGCUAUCAAAGAAAACCUGCUAUAAGAAACAUGCUUCACCACUAUCUCAACGGUUGAGAAAGACAGUAAAAAACAGUCCUCUAGGCAAAGUGAGGAGGGGAUUUCUUAUUAUUGUGCAAAGGGGAGAAUACACUUGAGCUAUUACUUCAGCUCAGAAGGGCUUCAACCUGUGCCUCAGCCAACAUGGAGACAACAGGGAGACUUCCACUUAAGAAAUUCUGAAUAUGGACAGAUAGAACAUCUUGGCGUCCCACAGCCUGCAAUGGUAAAAAUAAAAAGUUUUUUUAUUUUAACAGAAAAGAAAGGAAUGGUCAUGUUAUGUGCCUGAACAAAAUGGACAUAAAAUUAGAUUUCUUUAAUUAUAAUCACACAAACACUGCCCAAUCUGUUCGCUUGUAACUGUUGAGAAAAUGCAACAUGUUUCUUAAUCAGCAUUUGUACCUCCUCCUCAACCAAUACUUCCUCACACAGGUUCCCAAAGAAAAUAAAUGGCCAUUCUAUAGCCGGUGAACCAGUGAAACAUGCUGCUACUGGCCCUCUCCUUGAUGCUAAAAAAAUAUUUUAUUCUAUUUAAUAACUUGCACUAAUUAUCAGGAGUAAUCAAAUCAUAUUACAAAUUCUACCGCAAACUGCAGAGUGCAUUAAUGUUUCACGUUGUUUGAUUUUGACUGAGUACAAUUUACUGUUGGAAAUCUGUUUUCUUUCAAGCACUGAAUCACAUCCCAGGGUACUAGCUUGCGUUCUAAAUAUGCAAAGCAGUAAAAUAAACCCCAGGACUUUUCUGGUGCGUUCACUGGUUAUGAUGAACCUGCCUUUAUCAGAAUGGCCCAAGCUGCAGUUUCAAACACCAGACUCGUACUGCUAUUGUAUUGCCAUAAAAGGACGAAAGAAUAACAACUGAACUUUUUGAGCAGCUAUUACACUUUGAAUGCAUUAAUAAUUGAGAAUUAUCCAUUUCAAAAUUAUUCUCAAAAUCUGAAUAGCGAAACUUUGGAGAUAAAAACAAUUCAGUUUUUUUAUUUAUUUAAACCAGACAAUCAACAUUUUUAAUUUUAAUGAUUUGGAGCGUCUCUGCUUGAGAACCGAACCAAGCAGUACACAUCCUUAUCGGAGCGUGUAUGUUCCCUCUGAAGCACGUGUGAAAAUUGUGACGUUGAGACUCCUGACAAAGCGGGGGCCAACAUUGUGAGGACAGGGACUGAUAGAGACGGUGCAGGAGGGGAACAGGUGUUGGCAUGUUCUGGGAACAGACUGCGGGCGGGCAGAGCAGGCGACUGCGUCAUGGAACGACCUCCGCAGGAAGGUCACGCAGCAGCAGGCAAACGCGCCGCCGGCUCCCUGCAUAUUCUAAUGGGAGGGACGCAAUCACGCUAAUGGCUGCCCGGCACAGCUCCGCUCAGAGUGACCCGGGAUCAUUACGGAUUCGCCCGCUGUGCUGCCCUAGCCCCUGCCCCCCGUCCCCAAUGCCCCCAACCCCCCUGUUUAACACAUUCAGGAGGAUUUCACUGUCACGGGGUGGUUGUUUCAGACAGGGCAUCGGUGUCGACGCACCACAGCCGACGUGCAGGGGAGCACCCAGGCCCCGUAAUCCUUUCUGAUCCUCGAUGGUUUUUAGAUAUGUGGGUGUGGCCUGUUUAGGUUCAUGUUUUAGUUUUAGGCAGGCAAAGCCAUCUGUUGCAAAUACUUCUGAUUGUUUCAUUUCAGUGGUUUUGUUAGCACAUAACGAAAGCCACCUAUUGUCAAAACAUGCUCGUAGCUGAAAUUAAUUUUCAUGCAGUGAUUCUACACCUACUGAUUACAUAUGACUGUGUGAAAUCGGAGGGGGGGGGGGGUGUUUGUAAAAAGAAUUUCUGGAUGACUCAGAAGUAACUUGAUUUUCACUUGUCAAGAGUAAGAAAAAACAAAAAAUACAUUUGUUUUUAUUGAAAGAUUGCUAUUUUAACCUAACGGCAACACGGUGGAUCACUUGCAGUAAAAUCAGUAGGGGUUUGAACCACAAAGCCACUGAACUACAGAACAACACAACUGGAACAGCUACAGUAGCCUCUUACAGGAUAUGAGUAGCUGUUCCAGUUGUCAUGCAUUUCUGUGGUCUGGCAGUUUAUACUCCUACCUGGAUUCACUGCUAUUAACCUUUUUUGUUCUGACCAAGUGCUUGUUAAAUUUUUACUCUGAUUCUUAUUACAUGUGGACAACAUAAAUGGAGGAUGGAAAAAAAAAUGCAAGCAAAUGUUCUAUUACACUUUCUCUCCGCAUAGAGAUUGGGUCUGGUAACUCAAAAAAUGAAAACAUUGUUCCUCUUUAAAACUACCAUGUAAAUAAAUGUAUAUACUACCACAGCAAUAAUACGAUGCAUGUAAAAAAAAUGUGGUUAAACUUCUAUUCUUUUUUUGUUUUGUUAAAUUGCUUUUUUGCAAUGCAGAUAAAUACAGGUACCAGUUGCAGUCUGGGUGAUAAUGCAAAUCAGGGACAAGUAAUUAAAAUGCAUCUGUAGGUUACCACCAACAGUUCACAUUUAGCGUUGUGACUCAGUGUUUUCUGAGCGCCCUCCUCGUGUUCUCUUUUCUUUCCUCUCCUUAGUUUAUCGGCCCAGCUCGGCUGCGCAGUGAUGAUAAGUGCCAAAAAAAAGUACAAUUUCCAUAACAAAAGCCUUCAGCAUAUGGUGGGCUACAUGAGACCCUCCAGAUGCUUCUCAAAGUAUAGAUUCAGAUUGACACUUUUGCUCUCUCUCUCUCUCCCAAACCCCCCUCUCUCUUUCUCUCUCUCGCUCUCUCUCACUUUCUCUCUCUCCCCCUCUCUCUCUUUAAAUGUCUGCCAAGUGUGAAGAAGCCAUGAUUGCAGAAGGGUGUUUUCAUUUCUGUUAUUCUGCUACAACUAAUAAUGAUGACAAUAAUAUAACAAUAAUAAUAAAACAAUAGCACAAGUAAAA